GAGCCGCUGCCAGCGUCGCCGAGCCGAGCGAGCGCCGCCACCGAGGGGCGCCCCGCGCCAGAGCCAUGACCCUCCGCCGACUCAGGAAGCUGCAGCAGAAGGAGGAGGCGGCGGCUGCCCGGGACCCCGCCGCCUCGGCUCGGGACUCGGAAGUCGUUCCCGCCGCUCCGGCCCCGACCCCGGCCUCGGGGCCCCCAGCUGCAGCCGCCGCCCCCGCCCCUGGCUCCCCCGGGGACGAGCUGUACGCGGCGCUGGAGGACUACCACCCUGCCGAGCUGUAUCGCGCUCUCGCCGUGUCCGGGGGCACCCUGCCCCGCCGAAAGGGCUCUGGAUUCCGCUGGAAGAAUCUCAGCCAGAGUCCUGAACAGCAGCGAAAAGUGCUAACAUUGGAGAAGGAGGAUAACCAGACCUUCGGCUUUGAGCUCCAGACCUAUGGCCUGCACCACCGGGAGGAGCAGCGUGUGGAGAUGGUGACGUUUGUCUGCCGAGUUCACGAGGCCAGCCCUGCCCAUCUGGCUGGGCUCACACCAGGGGACACUAUUGCCAGUGUCAACGGCCUGAACGUGGAAGGUGUUCGGCAUCGAGAGAUUGUCGACAUCAUUAAGGCAUCAGGCAACGUUCUCAGACUGGAAACUCUGUAUGGGACAUCGAUUCGGAAGGCGGAACUGGAGGCUCGUCUGCAGUACCUGAAGCAAACCCUGUAUGAGAAGUGGGGAGAAUACAGGUCCCUCAUGGUGCAGGAGCAGCGGCUGGUGCAUGGCAUCGUAGUGAAGGACCCGAGCAUCUAUGACACGCUGGAGUCCGUGCGCUCCUGCCUCUACGGUGCGGGCCUGCUCCCGGGCUCGCUGCCCUUUGGGCCUCUGCUCGCGGCGCCCGGGGGUCCCCGCGGGGGCGCCCGGCGGGCCGGGGGCGACGCCGACGACGCCGUCUACCAUACCUGCUUCUUCGGGGCCGCUGAGCCGCCGUCACUGCCGCUCCCGCCGCCCCCCGCCCGCGCUCCCGCCCCCGCCGAGGCCCCGGCCUCCGGGCUGUCCCCCGCGCCGCGUGCGGGGCUGUGCCGCAGCGCCAGCGUGCGGUGCGCGGGCCCCGGCGGGGGCGGGGGCGCGCCCGGCGCGCUCUGGACUGAGGCCCGCGAGCAGGCCCUGUGCGGCCCCGGCCUGCGCAAAACCAAGUACCGCAGCUUCCGCCGGCGGCUGCUCAAGUUCAUCCCCGGACUCAACCGCUCCCUGGAGGAGGAAGAGAGCCAGCUGUAGGGAUAGGGUGCGGGCGGGGGAAGGUAUUUAUUUAUUUAUUCGUGCCAGCCAGUGCAAAAAGGAGUGGGGGACGAGGGGACCCCAGGAGCCCGGAGCAGCGGGAGAGGGUCCUUACAGCUGCCCGAGUCAACCUAUUUAGUUCUUGGCUUGUGUCUGCCAAGCCCGGAGUCCAGUCUUCCUCUCUCCUCUUCCCCCAAACCACAGUGGAAGCUGGGGCAGAGGGGAACCAGGCAAGCUUGGGGCUGGGAGAGGUGCAGGGGCCAAAGAUGGGGCAUACUAUCCCACGUCUGGGUCAGUAGUGCCUUGUGGGGUGUCCAGGGAAACUCUCCUACGACGGCGUGGGGGUGGGGCCUGCCCCAGGAAGCCCUCUCCUCAGCUUUACUCGCUCCCCCACCCUCAGCCUUGACUGGGAGAACUGGUCCAUGGUGGGUCAUUCCCCCAUCCACACACACAUCCACAGAUACAGUUAACCAGUGGGCCCCUGAGGGUGUGUAAGGUGCUGGUCCCCUCCCUUCCGGCCAUGACCCCUAAGGGCUUGGCCCCUCCCAGGGGCCUGUGAUUAAGGUGGGGUCCUGCAAGGCAGGGGCCCUGGGUUCUACGCCCCUUGGGGGACGGUAACGGGCACACUGAACAGGUUGUUCCACCGUUUUGCAUAUUGUUGCUUCUCAAUCACAAACUGUAUAAAAUAAAGUGGCAUUUUUUUUUG